GAGUCGACCAGUCCUCGAUAAUAUUCACUGUCUCAGUCGAACCGACUGUAACGUUACAGUAAGAUAUCUUUCUCCACCAAAAGGCGGUGGAGAAUAACAUGUACGUAGAAGAGUCGAGUCCGAAUCAGCGCGUCAUGGAUCCUCGAGUCGACGAAGCGACGGUAGCGCUCAAGGGUCUCUUGGGCAUUGGUGGAGGUACGACUCUUCCAACAACAACGACAUCGACAACGACCUCGACGUUGACAACGGAAGCGUCUGUGCCCACGUCUGUACCCACAACACCCACAGCGACCAACAGCAACAACAACAAAAGCAGCAACAAUCCCGCGCCCUCGUCGAAAAGCAAGUCGAAAAAGAAAAAGACCAAAGCAACUGCCAAGAACGUUAACACUGUCUCUGCCACGCCCACCGGAACGGGCAAGAAAGCCAAAGCGCGUACCGCCAAUGCGGUUAGCAAGGGUGCCAGCCACCGCCAGGAGGCAACGACCCAACCGGCGGAACCGCAAAACUUUGCCUGGUCGGCCUUUCAGUCCAGUCCGGACGCCAGCAAACUCCCCAUUCCCGCCUUUCUUCACACAGCGGAAAAUGCGCUUUUCGGGCAUGCGGAAUCAUCGUCACCCGCCCUCCUCCGACCAACCUUGUCCUACGCCAACGCCGCGAGUACGGUAGCAGAGAAGUCGGAAAGAGAAGGAGAACCGGGACCGCAGACGUCGCAUCGUAAAGGCGACUCGCCAAACCCGCCCGACCUUGCGAACACAGUCGUCGAACAUCAAGUUACGGAUGCUCCCCUCGAAACUUUCUCGACGGAAACAAUCACGGCAUCCACCACAAAUGUACCCAUCACACCGACCGCACAGGUAACCGAGGAUCCGCCCAUUUCCAAAACCGGCAUCAAUCUCGCCGCCCUGGCUUCUGUCACGUCCCCGCCGACAACCUCCGUCCGGUCUCCCACUCUGCAGUCGCCUCCGCAUCCGUCUCCUAUGCACCAGCAUCCCCACCAACCGCCCGUGCUUUUUCAUACGCCCCCGCAUCCCCAGUCACAUCCGCAACCACCAGCACAUGCACUGGCACACAACCCACACCGGUCGCCGUACCCACCACACCCACACUACGGCGGUCCGCAGCAUUCGCCCCCCUUUGCUCCACCAGGAUUUGUUACCAUUCAAGUUCAGGUCCCGCCUGUCCUACUGCCGGGCCGGCAAAUGGUUGUCACCUCACCCGCUGGCUACCCCGUACAAAUCACGGUGCCGGAUCACGUACCUCCCGGUGUCAUUCUGCCCGUACACGUUCCCAACGGUCUCCCCCUCCACAUGAUGCCCCCACCCGGACCCUACCCCGGAGGGCCCUUUUAUCCACCCCAUCCACAUCGUGGCUAA